AUGUGUGUGGGGAUGUGUAUUCCUGCAUGUUGUGCUGAUGGUUAUAUGAUAGCGACGAAAUUCGGUGCUAUUUUAGAUAUGGUGACAGACCGGUGUACCACUUCGUGUUUGCUGUGUUUUUUAUCGUCAGCAUAUCCUGAGUACACGAUGACGUUUCAAUUCCUUGUUUCUAUCGAUUUGGCUAGUCAUUAUAUGCACGUUUUUUCAACAUUAGCUCAAGGCAGUUCCUCUCAUAAGAAAAUUCCCGAUAAUCAAAGCUGGAUUUUGCGGCAAUAUUAUCAAAAUAAUGUUAUUCUUUUUGUUUUUUGUGCUGCAAACGAGCUUUUUUUUGUAGCAUUGUAUCUUCUUUCCUUUCCUCCAAAAUCUCCGCCUCGACUUGGUUAUAUUUUUAAUAUUCCACUUUCAUAUCCUGUAUUGAUUGGUACUGUAAGCUUUCCUAUUUGUCUUGGAAAACAGAUUAUUAAUAUUAUUCAAAUGAUUAAUGCGGCAAAAGCACUUGUUGAUAUUGAUAAAGAAAAUAGAAGGAAAGCAAAAUUCAUGUAG